CCCGAGGAGUCCCCUGAUCCCGACAGCUCCGCCUCGUGCCACCGGCUGGGCCUCCUCUCCUGCCUCCUUCGACGUCUAUUCACUUCACCGGCUUUCCAGCCGCCCCGGCGCAACUGCCGCCGGCCGCCCCCCGGCCUCUCCUCCUGGCCAUGCCUGCCGGCUGCACCCGGCGCAUCCUUCGCGGAGGCCGCGGGCUGCUCCAGGCCGGCCCCGUCUGACGGGCGCUGCGUCCGGCCUUGCUGCGCGCCCCAGGGUCGUCAUGCCACAAUGGUGACCCUCUGGCUCGUCCUGCUGAGUGUCCUGCAGGCGCCCGGACCGGCCGCAGCUGCCGAGGAGCCCGUCGGGGAGCCCGCCGCCUGCGCCCGCCCAGGACCGCUGUGUGACCCGCGCUGGCGCAGGGAUGCCGGCGGGCGCGGCGGCGUUUACGAGCAUCUCGGAGGAGCGCCUCGCCGCAGGAAGCUCUUCUGCGCCACCAAGUAUCACCUCCAGAUCCACGCCAAUGGGCGGAUCAACGGCACCUUGGAGAAGAACAGCGUCUUCAGCAUUCUAGAGAUAACCGCAGUGGAUGUUGGAAUUGUUGCUAUCAAAGGCUGUUUCUCUGGCAGAUACCUGGCCAUGAACAAAAGAGGCCGACUUUAUGCUUCAGAGACGUACAAUGCUGAGUGCGAAUUUGUGGAAAGGAUCCAUGAGCUGGGCUACAACACUUAUGCCUCACGCCUGUACCGGACUGUGCCCAACGGAGCUAGCAGUAAACGCAAAGCCAGUGCUGAGAGACUCUGGUACGUCUCCAUCAAUGGGAAAGGCCGACCCAGAAGGAGUUUUAAAACCCGUAGGACACAGAAAUCUUCUCUCUUUUUGCCUAGGGUCUUGGAUAACAAAGACCAUGAUAUGGUCCGACUAUUCCAUAGAAACAAUAAGUACCUAGAGAGUCUAUUAAAGACUUCAAAUAAGAACCAGAGAAGAAGAAGAGGACACUAGUGGAUGCUUUGUAGGUGGAGUAGCUGGGAUGGAGAAGGAAGACAAGAGUCAGUGUUCAACAUGCUACUAACAAAUACGGUUCGUGUGACCGGUAUGGUCUCAAAAAUAAAAACUGGAUAUCUGACCAGUCAUACAUGCUAAUAGUUGUUUUAGAAUUAUAACCCAUCGGUAAGAACGUAUGAAUUAAAAAUUGAAGCAUGUCCACACUUCAUUAGAUUAAUGUACGGUAAUAAUUUGAAACAUUUUUUCAUGAAGUAUUUUCCUCACCUUCUUCAGCCAGGGACAUUUUAAUGUAUUAUCUCCUAUUGUUCAAACCCCAGUUCAUAAUUCUUUUACCCUCUAAAAUAUAACCAGCUGGGGUAAUUUAAGAAUGCAUUGAUUCUGUAAACUUAUAAUUACUUCUGACUUCAAUUUAAUGAUCAGUAAGUAUAUUAUCAUUUAUUAUCCUUGAGUUUAUAAUUUGACACAUUCGGUUUAUUAACAGUUUAAGCAUUACAGAAAAAAUACAUGCUGUUUGGAUUUUUUAAUUUAACAUUUUGUUGUUACGUUGAAACUCAAAGAUAUGGUUUUGCUAUUUUACUGACUCUUGCAAAACUUGAUGAAGCCUGUAAAACGUAUUUGAAAUAAGACUUUGGGACACUAUGCAGCCCAGGCUGUUAACGCUACAGGUGGUUCACUGCUUUGAAGUCAGUACAUAAUAAAAUAAUGUAACUGGAAGAGAGUAGUUACUACAGUCAACGAUUAUCACACAUGAUACCAAAAAGUGCACUUGAGCUGCUUUCCCUAUUGGUGAAGCUUUUUAAUGUGAGAUAGAAUACACAAUGCGGUCAAAUAUACACUUUGGUCAGUGGAGACUUAACUACAGCUUUAUAGCUCCAUUUAAGCACACUCUAUCACACGCCCUGCAAUCUAGAGCAACAAGAAUACCAAAAGCUUUAUUGUGGCAUCAGUUUUCUUGCACAAGCCUUGAGUUCAUAUGACGCAUGAAGUAUAUUGAAUAACAUAAAAGUUAUUUGGAAUACCUGGAAUGCUCAUCUGUGUCUUCUCAUCCAUACCCACAGUUUCAUGGUGGGAUAAUAUGUAAAUAGGCUGUGAAUUUAUAUCAGUUUUUACUAGGGGAAAUUGGGUUCUUGUACUUUAUUCCCCAUGCUGCUGACAUCUGAUGUGGAUUGCUAGUAUAAGAAGCUAAAUGUUUCUUAUAGGUGCCUCUCAAAGAAACAGUAGACCUCUUGACUUAGAGUCUGGCCUCUACCACACAUACAGAUGGAUAGGCAUUCCAGGUAGUAAUCAAGUCCACACAGCAGCUUGAAGCCAGCAGUCAUGCUACAUGAGAUGCUGCUAAAAAUGCCUAACAUCACCUAUAAGUAUCACACUUAGAUUGUUUUUUCGGUAGCAGACCUAUCUACAUUUUCUAAUGUAACAUAAGGCUGGAUAAGUGGGGCUGCAGACAAACUGUCAUUGACUCCAUUGCCACCAGCUGUAAUCAUGGCAGCUGAGAUAUUUUUGCUCCAACACCUUUUAUUAUUCUUCCAAAAUAUUUAUAUUGAUUAAACAGAAAUAUAAUCGAAAGGUAUAUGUUUCAGAUGCAUCUAUUAAAAAUGCAGUCACAUAGGUGAGGCUGAUCAAGGCCAUCAUGCUAGUUAACCAGGAAAUGUCAUUUAGGUGAUUUAGCAAGAGCCAACUGAGGUAAUAUAAAGAGGUUUCUGGAAAACAACCACUCCUAGUGCUUGGCUGGAAAUCCAGAUUAAUUGCAACUGGACUGCACUUUCUUUUUAAUGAUUACCACAUAAAACACGUAAGCCGAGCCGUUCUAUUUUUGCAUUCCCUUCAUUGUAGUGAUAGGUAUUGCAAUGAACUCUUCAGAAUCUUUGUGAGUUCUCAUUCCAAUGUCUCUAUUUUUCAAAAAUACUGAAAUGUGAUUUCACAUACAAAAAAUCCCUCCACAAUAACUAAUCAGAGCGCUGAUCUCCUUGAGGUCCACAUUUCCAUUUGAAUGAGCAGACCUAUAUCCAAUACUGACUGCACACUAUGGGCCAAUGUGUGUACGGGAACCCCAAUGAUCUUCUUUCCAAAAAGAAAAACAGCCCUGGGAGAGGAUGAUGUUAAGGGAAGCAGUGGGACAGGCAAAAGUGGGUGCUUAACUCUUUCUCCUCCUGCUUUUUACGUUCUGAAAAAAAACCCUCCCUAAGACGGAGUUAUCUGGGACAGCCUGAUCUAGCAAACUGGCUUGGUAAGCUCUUGCAGUUUGAGAAUGCCUCCACCAUCUUGUAUGGAAAAUAAUAUCGCAUGAAAUGGCCUUGGACAUAGAUUUCCAGUCAUUCUCUCAAUACUCAUGUACACUAUGACUUCUAAAGGAAUUUCUACAGGGUUGGAAAUUGAUGCUAUUCUGUCAUAACUCAUUACCCUUUAACACGUUUAUAGCCCUUGUGAGGGAUUUACUAAUUUUAUUAUCUUUCUUUUUUUUAAAAGUUAUGACAGGUGAUCAAUGUAAUUAUCAAUUCAUUAUGAAUAAUUAAAAAGCCAAUAGAAAAUAUAUGAUCAAAAAUGCCUCUAUUAAAAUUUUGCUAAUCUUAA